UAAAAUAACUUACGUACUCACAUAACAUAACUAUAUAUUUACGGGCAAGCAUCACCAAUAUUAGCAAUGCAAGAAAUUAACAUUAAGGGUAUAUAGGAUGAUGAUUGGUAUACACUUUAGUUCAACACAUUGUAUAUUACAUUUAUUAAAAAAUUAUUAUUUUUUCGUUUAAAAUUAAAAAUAAACAAAUUUAAAGAUAUAAUUAUGUACAUAUGAUGCAGAAACUGACUGGGUCAGCUAUAUUUAUAUAAUAUUUUAAAGGAAAAUGAUUGACUAAAAAAUAAUGAUUUUUUAAUGAGUGUGUUGCAAUGUGUUAAACCGGAGUGUGUAUUAAUCAUUGUCUUAUUUUUAAGGAUUGAAUCGAAAAUAUGUAAAAAAAGUGUUGAAUUGAAUAUGUGUCAAUAAUUUUUCAUAUAUAUAUAUAUAUGUGGAUGCCAAUAGAGAUUAAGACCACAAUAAAUUUUGGUUUUUGGAAAAUACUUAUUUCUGUGAUGAAUGUAUAAGUAACUGUUUAGUAAUUUACUUAAGAUACAUCAAAAACCAUUCAACUUUAUAAUUAAGAUUAAUUAGGUUCCAAAAUAACUCCUAGGAAAUAGUUCAAAAUAAUUUUAAUCUCUAAUUUACACUCAUCAAAACAUAAACUUGUUAGAGGACUGGAGACAAACAAUACUUGCAUGUGAAGAAGAACAUACGCAUGCACGAGUACUACUUACUUAUGAUGAGGUUGUUAAUUGAAUGGCCAAAACAAAGAAUAGCACAUAUAUGUAAAACUGGUAUGAAGAGGCGCUCCACUAUCAUGAUUCAUGAUCAUAAGCUUUUCUUUUCCAUGCGAACUCAAUAUACAACAGGCCUUUAAGAGUUUAAGUAGUAUUAUGGCUACUUUCUGCCCCAAAAUCUUAGAGAAAUAUCCCUUGCAAACACACACAUACAAUUCAAUUAUUGGUGGACAAUACAAGACGCACAUGCACACACAUAUUAUCUCCAUAAUUUAGGAUCACUUGAAAUUAAACUUCAAAAAAGAACAGAAGAAUACAGGGCCAGUAUAUAUUAUGUUGAUAAAAAUAAGUAUUAGACUAUUAGCCCUAUUAUUUCUUCACACACAUCAUAUAUAUUUGUACGUAUGAAUUUUGUGUAAUUGUCUGUUUUGUUUCCAUGUUCUCUCCAACUUAAUUAUGUAAACAUACAGAAUUUUCCUUUGGAAAAUUUACUUAUAUGUAUAUAUCGUCACAAGAUUACACCAACAGUAAACAAUAUCACUUGAGUCGUUUCCUCUCAUUAAUUUGUUAAUUUUUGCAUUAGUUUGACAUUUUCAACAUGUAUAAUCCUUAUAAUCUUGUUACACAUAUACGUUUAAGAAACAACAUUUUUGUUUAUAAGUAUAUGUAUCAUUGUUGUAGAGAUAUAUGCAAAAAUAAAGAAAUGAAAUAGCUAGAACUCGGAGAAAUUAACAAGAGCUAAAUAUAAAACACAAAAACUAACAAACUUAAUUAUAAAAGAACACAGCUUCA